UGUAUUAUGUUUGUAUUGCAAGCUCUGAUUGCUUUCUUCUUUAUAAUUAAUAGUUUGACAUUUUCAAUAAUUUUGCCCACAUGACACAACAAACUUGGAGGCAUAUUUGAUCCCAGCCAGGUAGUCUCUAACUCAACUCUUUGACUCAAUUAUCAUAUAUCGCGCUUUACUCAAGUGAUCCUUCUUGAGAAGCAUGGAUCGCGACAGGAGCUUCAGUACGUGUGACGAAGCGGUUAGGGUAUAUUGAAGAUAGAAGACCCUAAUAUAUAAAUGCUCUUUGUCUGGUGGUAAUUUCUGGGAUCAUUCCCUCAUCAAACAAACUAACAAAACUUAACAGUUAUUUAUUAGUUAAUUAUACUACUUAAACUUAUUCACUCUCUAGCAAUCAUGGCAUCCCCCAGAGAAACCCUGCUGACUAAGUUUGAGGUCUGUCUCUACAAGAAACACGAUAUCUCAUAUGAAGACUUUGUGGAAUGGACUACCAAAGUGUAUCCUCCAAAGGCAAUCUCCAUCAUAAAAAAGCACGGCAUUGUCAAGUGGGCUCAGAUCGUAACCCCGCCUACUUUCCGUGAACCCUUUCGCCAAACUCUGAAAGACAUGGGCCGUCUAAAAUGGACUGCUCCCGAUUAUGAUCUCGUCAUGUCAGUUUGGCUGCGUAGCAUCGACGAUAUGCUUGCCUUAUAUAAAUAUCCUAAGUGGAUUGAGCUGGAAGAAGAGGCCGAGUUGUGGUGUAAUGUGACUAUAGGUCACUCUGUCAUCGGCCAUGAAAUCGCCCAAAUCUAAGGAGGCGUCUGAACUAUUGGGCCUUAAGAAGUAAACUUAUCGGUAUUGUGGACUCUGCAUUUUUAGUUCUUAUCACUUGAGUGUCAUUUAAGAAUGAAUAUAUCUUAUCUCAUUUUCAAA